AUAGGUACUAGAUAAGCUCAGAAAGUUAAUAUAACUUUGUGAAAAUAAGGGGAAAGUGAAGCCAUCUUAAAGUCUCUGGCAACAAGCCCAUCCCAACAUUACCACACACGGGAGUUAACACUGACUUCACAGACCAGUCAGACGUUGUAUUCCCGUCAGCCAGCGGAAUACCUUGGUUACUCUGUUUUCUUGUGACAAGUCUUGUGGUUUUAUGUGACGUACGGACAGUUUAUGCACUGUAUUUACUGGUCCCACGGUGAUUUGUGAAGUAUCUGUAAACUGUGAGCAAAUAUUUGUUUGAAAUAGACAAGUGGAGUGACCCAGUGAGUAUCGGAUAGAGUUGCGGCGUUGCCACGCGCUCAAAAAGUCCACAGGGAAGCGUUGCCACGUUGGGAGUAGGAGGAUGAUGAUGAUGAUGGAGGCCCGAGUAUCAGCUGAGCCUCUUCAGGGUCUCUCGACGUCCAGCUCUUCUCAGCGAAAUUCAAAACACAGGUCCGUCAACAAUAACGACGCCAACAAGAAGAAAAAGAAAAGGCGGAGGAGGCGGAGGCGAACGCCCAAAUCGGAAAGUGCAAGCGAAAUAACUAACGCCGUCGCUCUUGGGCGUCCGACAUCGUCUUGCGACAGGGCCAGGGCCCUCUAUAGUGGCCCGCCCACACCCGUUUUGAGACCCGUGGGCGCCCAAGUGCCGAGGGCCCCCGAGAAUAGCACCCAAUUUAUUAUGGACGAUCACGAAAACUCCACUUUAUUCGUGAACUUCGACAAUUUCAGCACCCCCCAGUGGGAGCAGGAGCCACCAACGAGCGGAGGGGAGGAGGACCCUUACAUAGGGACCCCGAGUGGGACUCCCACGCAUCCCCUCAACCGGGACUGGUUCCCCUUCAACUUGGCAGACUUCGAAACUGCCUAUCAGAGCGCCCGCGAAGACAAAAUGAUGGCAGGCAGCACCACCGAUCUCAAGGCAGCCAUCGUCGCUCUGGAGGCCAGGGCUGCCGUCCUAACGGAUGCCUUAUCGGCCUCUCCCUCCCGGCUGCUGUCGACCCUACAGGCGCAGCUCCUGCACCUUCAGGAGGAGAACGCCGCCCUGCGUUACCGCCUCAACCGUUAUCAAGCCGAUCGUAAUCAUCUGCAAGGGUCGUCCUCUUCCUCGUCGACGGACAGCGACUCCGAGUCGGACUCGACCAAUUCCUCGAGCGACUGUUCGGAGUCGGACUGCGACACCUGCGCUGCUCGCCGUCAGCGUCCGGUAUCCGCCGACGACGAAAAGGAGAAUACGCGCCCUUCCCCCCUUCCUUCCACCCUCGCACAACCCGGGGUAGGAAGUACCUCCACGCCCUGAAUUAUUGGACAUUGCCUUCAGGUUUCAGUUAUUAUAGUCGACAAAAGAUGAUUCCAGCUGUCAUGAAAUCUAGUAACCGUUUUUUUUUUUUUCAGUUUUCUAGGUUGGGAUUUUAGUUGGUCUAAAGUUCUGGUUGAUACAGAAAUACCAUACCAUUAUAAACUUAAAUAUUCCAGAAUCAGUACCUUGCGACUCGUUAGUUAAUUAUAUAAUAAAGUAAAUUUGAAAGUUUCUGACAUAGCUUUAUUGACUGUGAUAAGGUUUAUAAAAUAGCUACUGUAUGAUAUGUGAGUUCCAAGGUAUAUUUGCAAUAGAUCAGUGUAUUAAGUAUAAUUAUCGUAGUUCUUUGUAAUUGAAUUUUUUAACGAUUGUAAAUACCGUUUGCUAGCGUCGGGUACAUCUUGAGUUUAAAAAUCAUUGCAGUUGUAUUUUGUAGAUUUAGUUUGGUCCGAUGACAAAUGGAUGACAGGAGGAAUAUUAAAAUAGUGAUGCCAAACCGGUAUGAUUGUAGGUAGGCCUAAUCUUAGAUACUUCGUUCAACCAUUUCAUUCUCAUGUAGGUGGAUUUAGUUUAGAUUAACUUAGUUUGUGUUGUAGACAAAGUUUUAAGUCUUUUACCUGUUCUAGAACUGAAGGACGAAUGUUAAAGCUAGUGGUCAGGUUGAGUCUAAGCCUGCGUAGGUCAUGAAACAAGGAUAAUGGGAUAUGCAUACUGUUUUUCAGUGAGCAGUUUGUUUUUAUUGAAAGAAUGAAAUAUGAAAGAAGGUCAUGUCAUAAAAACCGUACAUUUUUUUGCUAUAUUGAAAAAAAAAUCUUGUUUUCUUAAGAAUCUGUGGUCUUCGUAGAUCAUAUGUAUGUAAGCCGAUUUUAUAAGAAAAAUUGCUGUUUAUAUCUCUAAUUAGAAUAUCUCUAAUUAGAGACAACUACGUAUUUGAACUUGCAAUAUUUGACCGAAAUGUGGUCGUAAGGACUCCUGUUAGUGGCAAAUAUUUUGUUGUUGUAGUGGUAGCAGUAGACAGAAAGCUGUAGCCAAAUAUUUAAUGUAAUUUAUGAUAAACUUGACUAUGCAUUGUAUUCUUUCCUCAUGUUAAUUGAAGUUGCUGUGCAAAAAUGAAAGGUUGUCAGGUGGACAUUGGCUAAGGGUGUGUAAAUGUGUGUGAGGCUUAAUAAUUAUUACAUCAUUAAUAAGGAUGAUGAACAAAAUGACUUAAAUCAUGUUCGAACCAAUACUACAGCUUAAGACAAAAGUGUUUGUGUAUUAAGAAGGACCUUUUGCAUGUUAAUGUUGACAGUACUAUCAGAUAAAGUUGAUCGAGUUAAUGAUUUUGUCAAGUUAGUACUAUUGACAUCAUUCUGUAAGAGAAAAUUUUGGUGCAAGAACUGUGUUGGCAUUCAUUGUAGGGUGGUACAGCGAGGUCAUAAUUGCCCUUACUGUUACUAGUUAAGAAUAUCCUGUCUUUCAGUGCUUUCCACAAGUUAUAUAGAUUUUUAAGAAUGAUAGAUUAAUUUUACAGAAGCAGUUAAGAAUGAAUAUGCAGAUUUGUCUUUCUUGAAGGUUGGAAGGUAGAUCAUGGUAGCCUGCGCAUGGAACUACAUUACAUGAUAAACAGUGGUGUGAGUAGAGGAAAGAAGCUGGAAUAUAAUUUGAUGGCAACUUCCAUUAGAUAAGCUGUAUCUUCAAACUUUUGAUGGAAAUCUUUCUUAUCUUCUCUUCAAGUAUCUGUAGGCAGCAUUUUUUGAGUUUUGUACAGCUGUUAGUGAUGUAUAUUUUGUUUGAAAUUUUAAUGUUUUAUAUGCAAUAGUACAUGGUAAUGCGUGGUUGCUUUGUAAAUAUUCUAUCAGGCAAAGCAUUAUCAUUGCUCUCAUGGUAUAAAUGACUCUCCUCACAAUAGUUAUAUGCAACCCAUUAGUUACUGCCACAUACUGUACCUGCCAGGAAGUGAGGAUAGGAUGUACAUUAGAUGCUAAUAUGUAUUGCAUCUUGCCUCCUGAUGGGAAGUUAGGUGGACAGUUAAUAGCAUAAGGUCUGUUGUAUGUUUGAAAAAAUCCAGUGUUAGUCAGAAAAGAUUUGGACCACAACUGUACCUGUCCUCACGAUUGUGAUAUUAAUUAUUAAGAUAAAUGUAAGUUUGCUCAUUAAGAAGUACAUAACGAAGUAGUUACUGUUGGGGGAGAUUGAUAUGUGCUGUGGCAGUUUCUUUUUUUUUUCUAGAGAAGGAAUUUAUUUAAGAUUUUAUGUACAAAUUGCCCAAUUUUUAUGAAAAAUUGGGUUGUUAGUUUUUAUGGCUUUGCCAUCUAGUGCUCCUUUGAAACAGAGUAUGAGAUAUCAGUUUCCUUUUCAUACUUGGAGUUUAACUGAUUUCUUUUCAAGAGAGUAGCUUUGUACUGAUUAUGUUUUUGUGUUAAGCUUCAGAGUAGCUGCUUUGAAUAAAAGAUCCAUUUGUAUGUACGUCUUUGACGCAGAUCUCGAAGUAUAACAGCUCUUCAUCUUUCAGGACUUUGUAAUCUCUGUUACUACAAUGUAAGUUAUAGAAAAGGAAAAUCAUAAAACUAGCCAAUGUUGAAAUACACAUUGGAUGCCAUGUAAACCUUUCCUCUUCAAUUUUCAUUUCAAAGAAGGUUGCUAUAAAUAUUGUUUUAUGAGCAAGACUACAGUGUUAUGAUACAUACAGCACAUUUUAAAAUAUAAGAUUAAUCCACACAUGUUUCUUGCUAAUCCUGCAGUCAUCCAUGAACAGAAAAAAUGUAAUUUUGUAAGGCAAAAGUUGCCAGUAUGUUGGCAUUGAUGCAUUCAAAAUAUCCUUAAAUACUGUAGAUCAUUUGUUGAACAAGGAGGCAACAUUGUUUUGUUUUUCUAGAAGUAAAUCUAUUUGAUUUUUUUUUUUUUUAAUCGUAAGAUUUUUAUAUUAAUCGUAAGAUUUUUAUAAUGUUCAUCCAAUACAGAUAUCAGGAAGUUUCUUUUUUCCUAGUAUUAUGUUACAUCACAGUAUGUUUUAAAUUCACAACAGUGAUGUUCAGUAUUUGAAGAGUUAAUAUGUGUCCCACCUUUAAAUUUCAUUUUGUGGUUUAAUUCAGUUUAAUGUUAGCAAACCGUUUGAAUGAUAUUGUAGUCUUGAUCAUUCUUUUCAGUACUUGUUCUGUUGAUUAAUGUUAAAGUGCAGUACGAUUUCCCUGUGAACUGUGCUGUUUAGACAUGAAAUUGAAGCAUCUUUUAUUUUUUUGAAUGGAUAAUAGCAUUACAGUAUUAAACAGCAGAGUACUAUACCAUUCUUGUUUUUGUAUGUUUGACUUCUUUGCUCAUUAUAAAAUCUGUUGAAUAUGUCUUACGCAUAAUUUUUUGGUUUUGAGAUAUUAAAAAUUGUCAUCUUGUCAUUUAUUUGUUAAAAAAUCUGGUCAGAAUAAAAACUCACUUUUAAGUUA